CUGAGCGCUCGGGGACGUGUUUCAACAGAUGGUUGCGCUUCACGCGUGUGUCAUCACACUAGAGAAAGGACCGGAGCGGGAAGGUUGUUCUGCAGGAGCUCGGCGCUGCUGUGUGGUCCAAAAAGGCUGGUGGAGAAGGUCAGCAAGCCCACUCUGGAGCCUGAAACGAGCUCCCACUCUUCAGGUCCUGACUUCACAUGAGUGCUCCUUCCCUGCCCCCACAAGCACUGCUCCCACUUCACGGCCAACCACAAUGAAGCUGAUGUUCCUAGCCUGGCUGGUGGCAUUGCUGCUGGGAGAGAUAACCAUCUGCAACUGCUUUGUCACGCGGGCUCAUGGGUCACGUGGUCGUGUUCCACGGGACCGCCGCAACAUCCGGCCCAACAUCAUCCUCAUCAUGACGGAUGACCAGGACGUGGAGCUUGGGUCCCUGCAAGUGAUGAACAAAACUCGCAGGAUCAUGGAGGAUGGAGGCACAUCUUUCACCAAUGCCUUUGUGACCACACCAAUGUGUUGCCCUUCCCGCUCCUCCAUGCUCACGGGGAAGUACGUGCACAACCACAACACGUACACCAACAACGAGAACUGCUCGUCGCCCUCAUGGCAAGUCCAGCACGAGCCACGCUCCUUUGCUGUCUACCUCAACAACACAGGCUACAGGACAGGUUUCUUUGGGAAAUACCUGAACGAGUACAAUGGCAGCUAUAUUCCACCAGGUUGGCGAGAGUGGGUUGGUCUCAUUAAAAACUCUCGCUUCUAUAAUUACACCAUCUGUCGCAAUGGCUACAAGGAGAAGCAUGGGGCUGAUUAUGCCAAGGACUAUUUCACAGAUCUGAUCACAAACGACAGCAUCAACUUUUUCCGGAUAUCCAAGCGGAUGUACCCGCAUCGGCCUGUCUUGAUGGUGAUCAGCCACGCCGCUCCGCAUGGCCCCGAGGACUCUGCCCCACAGUACUCCCAGCUCUUCCCCAACGCUUCCCAGCACAUUACUCCCAGUUAUAACUACGCUCCCAAUAUGGACAAGCACUGGAUCAUGCAGUACACGGGCCCCAUGAAACCCAUCCACAUGGAGUUCACCAACUUCCUCCACAGAAAGAGGCUUCAGACCCUCAUGUCAGUGGACGAUUCUGUGGAGAAGAUACAUGAGAUGCUGGUGGACACCGGGGAGCUGGACAACACCUACAUCAUCUACACAGCCGACCACGGGUAUCAUAUCGGCCAGUUCGGCCUGGUGAAGGGCAAGUCGAUGCCCUACGACUUUGACAUCCGAGUGCCCUUCUUCGUUCGAGGGCCUAACGUGGAGCCAGGAGCUGUUAAUCUCCAGUUGGUGCUCAAUAUUGACCUUGCACCCACUAUCCUGGACAUCGCAGGCCUCGACACACCCCCUGACAUGGAUGGCAAGUCCAUCCUGAAGUUGCUGGAGUCUGAGAGGACAGGGAACAGAUUCAAACCAAACCGGAAACCCAAAGUCUGGAGAGACACAUUCCUGGUGGAGAGAGGCAAAAUCCUCCGCAAGAAGGAGGAGGGCGCUGGGAGCCUCAGCAUGCAGCAGACCAACAGCCUGCCCAAGUACAGGAAGGUGAAGGAGCUGUGUCAGCAGGCAGAGUUCCAGACCCCAUGUGAACAACCUGGACAGAAGUGGCACUGUGUGGAAGACAUCGCGGGCAAGUGGCACAUCCAGAAGUGCAAGGCAGGAACGCUGAAGGAGGGAUCGAGGAAGAGGACCAGAAGCCUGCGCGGUCGUAGUUAUGACGGCCUCGAGAAGCACUGUGACUGCGGAGAGUCCUUCCGGGGAAGUCGCGGGGUUCGCCGCGGGCACCGCCCAUUCCACCAGCCCACUGGCUCACGGUACCGGCCCCGUUUUGUCCACACUCGGGCAACCCGCUCUCUUGCAGUGGAGUUUGAGGGCCGUGUCUACGAUAUUGACCUGCAGGCCGAGGACGUUGGCACCCUCUGGCCGCAGAACAUCAGCAAGCAAUACCAUGAGCAGGACGCGGAGGGGGACGACAUCGACUUUGACCUAGAAUCCGACGACACUUCGGAGGAAAUGCUGGCAGACGACACCAAUGCCGUGGGCUACCCCAACUCUGUCAAAGUCACGCACAAAUGCUACAUCCUGAUGAAUGACACCGUGCACUGCGAGAGAGAGAUCUACCAGUCCUCUAGAGCCUGGAAGGACCACAAGAGCUACGUGGACCAAGAGAUCGAAGCACUCCAGGACAAAAUCAAAAACUUGCGGGAAGUAAGAGGUCACCUGAAACGGAGACGGCCGGACGAGUGUGACUGCGGCAAGAAGAGGGAAGCAGCGCAGGAGGUGGAUGGGAAGGCGCAGCUCUUCAACGAGAUCCGCAGGAGGAAGAAGGAGAGGAAGAUGAAGAAGAGGCAGCGGAAGGGUGACGAUUGCAGCCUACCGGGCCUCACCUGCUUCACGCACAACAACGACCACUGGCAGACGGCGCCCUUCUGGAACCUGGGAGCAUUCUGUGCCUGUACCAGUUCCAACAACAACACCUACUGGUGCCUGCGGACCAUCAACGAGACACACAACACCCUUUUCUGCGAGUUCGCCACAGGUUUCCUGGAAUACUUUGACCUGAACAGCGACCCCUACCAGCUGACCAACGUGGUAUACACUGUGGAGAGGGAUGUCCUCAACCAGCUCCAUGCCCAGCUGAUGGAGAUGCGCAGCUGUCAGGGACACAAGCAGUGCAACCCAAGACCUAAGGCCCAGGAAGCAGGAAGUAAAGAUGGAGGAAGCUAUGAUCCGCACAGGCUACAGCGGCACCGAAAGUGGUCAAAGUUGAGGAGACCGAGCCUUGUGUACCCCGGACAGCCAGCAUGGAACGGACGAAAGGGUUAAGUUGCCCAACUUCACGGAGGACGUCGACUGGCAAGGGCUGGAG